CCGGUGUCAUGGCCACUGUGCGUUUCUCGAGCACACUGUCCAGAGCAGAAUGCUUACUAGACCGUCUCCUGUGGUUUCUGCUUGCUACAGCCUGCUUAGGAAAGACCCUGAGAGACCCUCAAGCCACGUAAUGGAGGCAGUGACCUUUGAGGAUGUGGCUGUGAAUUUCACCGUGGAGGAGUGGGCUUUGCUGAAUCCAUCUCAAAAGAAGCUCUACAGAGAUGUGAUGGGGGAAACCUUUAGAAACAUGGCUACUAUAGGAAGAUCUUGUGAAGACCAGAAAGUUGAAGACUAUGAUUACUGGAGAUAUCUAAGCAGUGAAGAUGUAGAGAAAUGCUAUCCAUAUAAACUUUGGAAUCAAUGUGAAGAAAUACUCGUUUGGAAUCCAGAUGCUAAAGUGGACAUGAAACAAGCUUGUUUAACACAAGCAAAAAGCCUUGCUUGUAAAAUGCCUUUGAAUGGGCAUUUGUCAUUAAAUGUGCCCAUGGUAGCUCACACUGCAUCAGAGGCGUAUAAAUAUUUGAGAUCUGAAGGGAAGUUUUAUAAAUGUACACAACAUGGAAAAAACUGCAGUGAUUCCCAGUCCCAUGAAAAGUAUGAAAGCAUAAAGGUUAUAGAGAGACCUUAUCAAUAUGAUCAGCAUGGGGAAUCCUACUCUGAUCUUAGUGAAAGAGUUCAUCUUAUAGAAGCCUUACUAUGUAAGAAUAAUUUGAAAAUUUCCAGCACACCCAGUGAUGUUCAAAGCCAUGAAAGAAAUCACUGUGGGGGGAAAAUUUGUGCCUGUAAGCAAUGUGGAGAAGCUUUCCUUAGGCACAAUAAAUGUAAAAUACAUGCGAUAACUCACAUAGGUGAGAAACCCUUUGUAUGCAAGCAAUGUGGCAAAGCUUUCAGCACAUUCAGUGAAUGUGAAAUACAUCAAAGAGUUCACACUGAGGAAAAACGGUAUGUGUGUAAGCAGUGUGGGAAAGGUUUCACCAGAUACGGUCACUGCAAAAUACAUGAAAGAGUUCACACUGGAGAAAAACCCUAUGUAUGCAAUCAAUGUGGAAAAGCUUUCAGCACACAUGGGUAUUGUCAAAUUCAUGAAAGACUUCACACUGGGGAGAAACCUUAUAUAUGUAAGCAAUGUGGGAAAGCUUUUGGUACACGUGUUAAUUGUCGAAAACAUGAAAGAAAUCACACUGAAGAAAAAUCUUAUGCAUGUAAGCAUUGUGGGAAAACUUUCAGCACACAUAUAUAUUGUCAAAGACAUGAAAUAAUUCACACUAGUGAGAAACCCUAUGUAUGUAAAAAAUGUGGAAAAGCUUUCAGCACACGUAUAUACUGUCAAAGACAUGAAAGAAUUCACACUGGUGAGAAACCCUAUAUGUGUAAGAAAUGUGGGAAAGCUUUCAGCACACGUGGAUAUUGUCAAAGACAUGAAAGGAUUCACAAUCACAAUUGGGCUAAACCAUAUGCGUGUAAGCAAUGUGGGAAAGCUUUCAGCAGAAAUUCUGAUUGUCAAAGACAUGAAAGAACUCACACUGGGAAGAAACCCUAUGUAUGUAAGCAGUGUGGGAAAGAUUUCACCACACAUGUAAAUUGUCAACAUCAUGAAAGAAUUCACACUGGGGAGAAACCCUAUGUAUGCAAGCAUUGUGGGAAAGCUUUCAGCACACGUGCAUAUUGUCAAAUACAUGAAAAACUUCACACUGGAGUAAAACCCUAUAUAUGUAAGCAAUGUGGGAAAGCUUUCAGCAGACGCAGUGAAUGUAAAAUACAUGAAAGAGUCCACACUGAGGAAAAACCCUAUAUGUGUAAGCAAUGUGGGAAAGGUUUCCACAGAUACAGUCAAUGUAAAAUACAUGAAAGGGCUCACACUGGGGAAAAGCCCUAUAUGUGCAAGUGGUGUGGAAAAGCUUUUAGCAGACGUGGAUCUUGUCAGAUACAUGAAAAAAUUCACACUGGGGAGAAACCCUAUGUAUGUAAGCAGUGUGGGAAAACUUUCAGCAUACGUGCUAAUUGUCAAAGACAUGAAAGGACUCACACUGGGGAGAAACCCUAUGUAUGUAAGCAAUGUGGGAAAGCUUUCAGUACAUGCAGUUCAUGUAAAAUACAUGAAAGAGUUCACACUGGGGAGAAACCCUAUGUAUGUAAACAGUGUGGGAAAGCUUUCACCACUAACGCUCAUUGGCGCAGACAUCAAAGACUUCACACUGGGGAGAAACCUUAUAUAUGUAAGCAGUGUGGGAAAGCUUUUGCUACACGUGUAUAUUGUAAAAUACAUGGAAGAAUUCACACUGGCGAGAAACCCUAUGCAUGUAAGCAAUGUGGGAAAGCUUUCAUUGCUCGUGGAAGUUGUCAAAAACAUGAAAGAAUGCACACUAAGGAGAAACCCUACAUAAUGGUUGAUAUGUUGCAUCAACCUGAGAAGGUUAAGCUACUUAGCAUGGAGCCAGGAUCCUUAUUUUUUAAACAUCCUGAGCCUGUGAAAGAGGAGAUCAUAAGAGACUGUGAUACACUUGCACUAGCAGGGGGAGGGGGUACCCUGCCUAAAAUAUAAGGGAGAAAAAGAGUCUUGUUCUUCCCAAACUUUUUCUGUUUGCUGAAGUGUUGACCCUGUGCCAUGCCACCUUGCUUUGGAGCCAACUGAUUAUGGACUGAAGCCACAAACUGAACUAAAUAAACCUCUGCUUCCUUAAUUUUGGAUGUUGAGUAUUUUUGUCCCAGCAAUGAGAAAAGUAACUUAAGACACUGUAUUGUAAGCACUGUGACAGAACUUCCAAAACAUGGUGCUUUGUCCAACACAUGAAAGACUUCACACCAGGGAGAAGCCUUAUGUAUGUAACCAAUGUGGAGAAGUUUUCAGCAGAAAUGUUUAUUGUCAAACACAUGAAAGAUUUCACACUGCGCAGAAACCCUAUACAUGUGAGCGAUAAGGGAAAGCUUUCAGCAGGCAAUGGAAAUGUAAAAUACAUGAGAUAACUCACAGUGGGUACCAAUUCUUUAUAUGUGAGCAAUGUACUAUCACUUUCAGCACACACUGAUUACCAAAGUAUGAAACUACUUACUGCGCAGAAACAUGUAUAUAUUUUAAAAGAUGUCCAUGCACACACAAUGUUAAGUAAAGAGAAGUCCCACUCACUGGGGAGAUGCUAUAUAUGUCUAGCUUGAAACAUCUGUGCCAAUUCUUAUGUAAUGGAGAAUUUAGAAAUGAUUAAUACAAAAAUUUGAUGACAGUAUUUCUUGAGAAAUUUUCGAGAAAAUACAAAUCCCAGUUGGAGAUAUUGUAAAGUACAUACAUUCUGUGGUUUUCAGUAAAUCUUACACAUCUGUUGUGUGUGUGUAGGGUUUAAUAUAAAAAUGUUGAGUUGAAAUGAUCAUGUAUUUUUUAGUGUCUGUGUACAUAAUGCAUAGUGUCUUAAUUAAACAUAAUGAACUGAAAUGUACUUUUUAUUUUCAUGUACAGUUAAUGUCUGUGAUUAUUGUUUUAGCUUUAACAUUGGGAGUUCUAGGUCACUGAAAACUUACUUUUUUAAAUUGCUUUUUUUCUUGUUGAGAUUUUGCCACUACAUUUCUUUAAAACUUUUUGUGCAUGUACUCCAUAUUCCAUGUAACAAAUGAUGUUUUUGAGUUCAGUGUUUCAUUUUAUAUGAAGAUAAUAUAUUUUUAAAGGCUUGUGAGCAUGCAUUUUUGAUCACAUGUCUCCACAUGACAUAUUGAUUAGCAUGUUAUGUUUUUCAUAUUGUGACAGAUACUGCCUGUAUCCUAACAUCAUUUUAUAUUAUUUCAUGUGUGUAAUGUUGCAUGUUUUUCUUUCUUACUUAAUAUUAUGAUUUACAUAAAUUUUUAUGUUUUCUUACCAUCCAAAUUUUACUUUACAUGUUUAUAUUUCAAUAACUUAAUUUGGUGUAAAUUUCCUCACCACAUGUACAAAAAUGAACUAUACUACUGUGGGAUUCUCACUGGCAAACAGCAGCAGAAAUGUAAAUUAUCUCCAAAAGGAUAUCAUGAAUUAUAGUAAUAUCUCCAGAAAGCAUCAGGGAUGUUAUCAUUUGCAGUGGGCCCUUGACUUAUGAACUCAAUUCAUUCACGGGGACUGGUUGUAACUCAAGUUGCUUUUAAGUCAAUACUAUUUUUCCCGUAAGAAAGAAUGGAAAUACACAAUGCAUUCUGAACUUCCCAAACCAUCCCUGUUUAUAAUAAAAAACAGUGUGAAAUAAUGUGUGUAAUUUACCAGAAACAUAAUUUUCAUAGUGUAUUCACUAGUUUACCAGAAACAAUCAUUUCAUUCUGUUUUUUUUUUGUUGUUGUUGUUUUUUUUUUUUUUUUUUUUUUUUGUCUUUUUUUCCUUUUUAUCGGUACCGGGGAUCGAACUCACGACCGCCUGCUUGCAAGGCAGGUGCUUAUGCCGCUGAGCUAAAUCCCCAGCCCAAUCAUUUCAUUCUGUACUCACCAUUGAAGUUGACAUCUUUGUGUUGAAGGAAAAAAGGAUGAAAUGGAAGGUGAUUAUUGUUUGGAAAGCAAGACCCAUUCCAUAAGAACACUGGGAAUCAGGAUCCAGACUGACACAUACAUUUAUAAACUCUCUUGGCAUGCUGAGUCUUUAUUUAAGACUACAUUGGCAGCAUGAAUUUUGGUUUUAACCCUUGACUUUAGUUCUAAGUUCAACCUAAACUUGCAGUCGUAAUCCAGGUUGUUCUUAUGUGAGUGUGGUCAAUACUUCAGGUUCUGCUGUAUCAAUAACACUACUUUGAAAAGGA